AUUGCAGUGCAGCUGGUGAGGAGCAGAAACAGUCUGAGAAAAUAGCUGCAAUAAAACCUAUUUAUUUAUUUAUUUAAUUGCUAUUGUAAGUGAAUUUUUAGGGAAAUUGUUAAUUAUUUUAGAACUAAGAAGAUGCUGCAGUGUGUGGAGAAACCUUUGUGUUUUGCUGUUGUUGCUCUCGCAUCAGUUUCACUGCUUUACAGCCGAACAGUUGAAGGCGCAGAAACGAAAUUACAACUCAAACUCAACUCAACCCGAAGCCUGAACAUCACUCACUCCACACACAAUGAACCCGGGGUUCGCAGGCUGUGUUCAGAGGAACACCAGGGUUACUGCAUCAAUGGUCUCUGUUUAUUUCCUGAAGAUAUCAACACGCCGUCCUGCAAGUGUGUGUGUAGGUGUAACGAGGGGUAUAGGGGUGAACGGUGUGAACACAGGAAUUUAUCUGUGGGAGCCCCUAAGAGCCUGGAGGAAGCGAUCGCGAUCAGCUGUGGUGUGAUCUUACUGCUCACCUGUGUGUGUGUUCUUGGCGCCUGCUGCUGCUACAGGAAGUGGGGCAGUAAACCAGCUCCUCCAUAUAAAAACCAGGCAAACAAUGUGUGAGUGAAACAGAGGGCUGAGAACUGAAACACAGCCGGACUGAGGGGGUCACACAGCUCCCCCUGAUGGACACUCACAGAACUGCACAAGUUACCCCCCCCCCCCCCCCCCCCCCCCCAGUGGACUCCUGAGAUGUGCCCUUCUUCCAUCAAGUGUCCUUAUUUCAACCAACACAGGCAGGACAUUGUCCUCAGCGAACAUCUCUCAGGGACAGCGGGACACAAACAUUACUGAGUCUAAAACAAAGAAUAAAAACAGUUCAGAGAUAAAAACUGAGUAAAAGAAGAGACACAAAAACCAAGGAACCAAAAAACUCAAACAAGGAAACUACAAACUCCAUAAAACAGUGUAAACUCGAGUAACCUUCAGAGAAAACUGUUAUUAGGGACAUUUAUAACUUAAUAAUAAUAAUAAUAAUAAUAAUAAUAAUAAUUUGUUACUAUUAUUAUUAUUAAUGUUAUUAACAGUAAUGUAGUUGUAAUUAAUGAUGUGUGUAAUUAUCUCAUCAUUACACACAUUUCCACAUCUCAGUUUCCUCCCUGAAUCCGCUGCUUCUGUAUUUAUUGUUUAUUAUUAAAAUCUAAAAUGAGUUUAUUUCUGAUAUUUAUUUAUAGUGUUUGUCAAUAAAAACACCUUUGAAAGA